GGGCCCCGCUCUCUUCAACGGGGACAUGGAUCCCGAGGCUGGCGCCAGCUCGGCGUCCUCCGCCGAGCCGGCCAUCCCCGAGGAGAAUCACUCUCAUGGAGAAGUAGUUUUUCUGUGUUUUUGGACCUUGGGAUUCAGUUGUUAUCGAUUGGAAAUGAUGUGGAAUUUGUUCCCUUUGUUAUAAAUGUUCUGAAUACUAUAACUUUUGAAUAUACAGUAGUUGUCAGCAUUGAAGAAGGUGUGGAACAUCAAGCAAAUGAUUAAAUUGACACAGGAACACAUAGAGGCUCUAUUGGACAAAUUCGGAGGAGAACAUAAUCCACCAUCAAUCUAUCUAGAGGCCUAUGAAGAAUAUACCAGCAAGCUAGAUGCACUUCAACAACGGGAACAACAAUUAUUAGAGUCCAUGGGGAAUGGAACUGAUUUUUCUGUUUCUAGCUCAGCUUCAACAGACACAGUUACAUCUUCUUCCUCCUCUAGCCUUUCAGUGGCACCUUCAUCUCUUGCAGUUUUUCAGAAUCCCACAGAUGUGUCAAGAAGCAACCCUAAGUCACCACAAAAACCAAUUGUUAGAGUCUUCCUGCCCAACAAACAGAGGACUGUGGUACCAGCAAGAUGUGGGGUGACAGUCCGAGACAGUCUAAAGAAAGCACUGAUGAUGAGAGGCCUGAUCCCAGAAUGCUGUGCUGUGUACAGAAGACAGGAUGGAGAGAAGAAGCCUAUUGGCUGGGACACUGAUAUUUCCUGGCUUACUGGAGAAGAAUUGCAUGUAGAAGUUUUGGAGAAUGUUCCCCUAACGACACACAAUUUUGUACGGAAGACAUUUUUCACCUUAGCAUUCUGUGAUUUUUGUCGAAAGUUGCUUUUCCAAGGUUUCCGCUGUCAGACAUGUGGUUACAAAUUUCACCAACGCUGUAGUACAGAGGUGCCACUGAUGUGUGUUAAUUAUGACCAGCUUGAUUUGCUGUUUGUCUCCAAGUUCUUUGAACACCACCCAAUACCGCAGGAGGAGGCCUCCUUAGGAGAGACCACCCUUACGUCGGGAUCAUCCCCUUCAGCACCCCCCUCAGAUUCUAUUGGGCCCCCAAUUCUUACCAGUCCUUCGCCUUCAAAAUCCAUUCCAAUUCCACAGCCCUUUCGACCAGCAGAUGAGGAUCAUCGGAACCAGUUUGGGCAACGGGACCGGUCCUCAUCAGCUCCCAAUGUGCAUAUAAACACAAUAGAACCUGUCAAUAUUGAUGACUUGAUUAGAGACCAAGGGUUACGGGGUGAUGGAGGGUCAACAACAGGCUUGUCUGCCACCCCUCCUGCUUCCUUGCCUGGAUCUUUAACUAAUGUGAAAGCAUUACAAAAAUCUCCAGGACCUCAGCGUGAAAGAAAAUCUUCAUCAUCUUCUGAAGACAGGAAUAGAAUGAAAACCCUUGGUCGACGGGACUCAAGUGAUGAUUGGGAGAUUCCAGAUGGGCAAAUUACAGUUGGACAAAGGAUAGGAUCUGGAUCAUUUGGAACAGUCUACAAGGGAAAAUGGCAUGGUGAUGUAGCUGUGAAAAUGUUGAAUGUGACAGCACCCACACCUCAGCAGUUACAGGCCUUCAAAAAUGAAGUAGGAGUGCUCAGGAAAACACGACAUGUGAAUAUCCUACUCUUUAUGGGCUAUUCAACAAAACCACAGUUGGCCAUUGUUACACAGUGGUGUGAAGGCUCCAGUUUAUAUCACCAUCUACAUAUCAUUGAGACCAAAUUUGAGAUGAUCAAGCUGAUAGAUAUUGCACGGCAAACAGCACAAGGCAUGGAUUACUUACAUGCCAAGUCAAUCAUCCACAGAGACCUCAAGAGUAAUAAUAUAUUUCUUCAUGAAGACCUCACAGUAAAAAUAGGGGAUUUUGGUCUGGCUACAGUAAAAUCUCGGUGGAGUGGCUCCCAUCAGUUUGAACAGUUGUCUGGAUCUAUCUUGUGGAUGGCACCAGAGGUCAUUAGAAUGCAAGAUAAAAACCCAUAUAGCUUUCAAUCAGAUGUAUAUGCAUUUGGGAUUGUUCUGUAUGAGUUGAUGACGGGACAAUUACCCUACUCAAACAUCAACAACAGGGACCAGAUAAUUUUUAUGGUGGGGCGAGGAUACCUGUCUCCAGAUCUCAGUAAAGUGCGGAGUAAUUGUCCAAAAGCCAUGAAGAGGUUAAUGGCAGAGUGCCUGAAGAAGAAGAGAGAUGAGAGGCCACUUUUUCCUCAGAUCCUUGCCUCCAUUGAACUUCUGGCCCGCUCAUUGCCAAAAAUUCACCGCAGUGCAUCUGAACCCUCACUGAAUCGGGCUGGCUUCCAAACGGAGGAUUUUAGUCUGUAUGCUUGUGCUUCUCCAAAAACGCCCAUCCAGGCAGGGGGAUAUGGAGAAUUUGCCGCCUUCAAGUAGCCACACCAUCAUGGCAGCAUCUACUCUUUAUUAUUUCUUAAGUCUUGUGUUCCUACAGUUUCUUAACAUCAAAACUCAGUUCUGUUCCUCAAAACCUUUUUUAAAGAUACAGAAAUUUCAGUACAUAAGCUAGAGUGGAACAGAAUGAAAUUCCCCUCCAGCAAAAGAGGGAAGACCAUUUUAGGAACCAGAACUCUGUGCUGCCAGUGUUUCUUCUUCAACACAGACACCACGUGCACUCACCACGCCUGCCCACUCCUUGGAGGAGAGAGGAGAGACCGUGCGUUGUGACCUCUGGGGGUUCAGGCAGGAUGGGAAGGAACUGCUGCUACGGCUUGGGAGAUUGGCUAUGGAAAGUCUGCAGAUCAACUUUUCUCCUUCUAACCACCUGGCCAAUAAAUGGCAGAUCAUCUGAUGGGGCAAUUCCAAUCACAAGAAUCAUUCCUUUUUCUGUUUUGGGAUUUUGUUAUGGGGUUUUUUCCUCCUUUUCUGGUGUACCUUCUGAGAGCUGGAACAAAAAUGCAGUAUAGCCCUUUUAAUGUUAUGUGUGUCCAAUAUUCAUCCAUAUUUUCAAAUUUAUCCCCCCAAAAAAUCAUUUUUUGUUGGGAAGGGGUAUAGGAACACUGUGCAGCUGGGUCAGGAGAAAAAGGGAAUACAGCGCAUUUUUUUCCAGGUCUACUCUGGUAUCUCUUCUGUUUCCUUUCCAAACUAUCGUGUGUGGCUCAUUGAGGGUGCCUUCUAAGCAGGCUGGAAUGUGUUCACACACACUGGGUCUUUCUCAUUGGUCCAGCCACCAAAAAAUGCUUGUUUGUUGUUUAAUAUGCCAGGUCCUCAAUGUACUUCCAUUGAGACAAUACAGUGAAUUUAUUUUUAAGGUCACUCAAUCAACAAAUAUGUAUUGAGUGCCUGUUGUGUGUGAGGCACAAGAUACCACUGUGGUAUCCGACUAUAAUUGAUAAAAAUUAUUUGAAAAAGGAUACGAUUGGUAAGUGGUUUUAUAAAUUGAAAAUUAAGGUACGUAUUUAACACUGAGUACCUUCCCAGUAUGGAUUAUUAAAUAAUGAAAAAUAAUGCUCAGGUUGAAUUGAGUCACAAUAAAAUACAAUACCCUCCCCUGAAUCAGACAUUCUGAAAGUGGUAUUUGGGGCAUGGAAUGAUUUGUUUAAGAAGGAAAAAAGGGGUGAGGAUUUUUAUCACCUUAUAUGUCCAUUAAUUAAAGUUUGUAUACUUAUGGGGAAGCUUGUCAUAAUGACAAGUGUUACAUCAUUUUUAUUAAUGGUUCUGGCUGGAUCCACACUAAUACCUUGUUUCAUUUCUUCCCACUCUCUUUUGCUCUGCCCAGUUUUCUCCUUUAUCUAGUUUGUGACCUAAAAUAAAAAUGGUGGUGUGUGCAUUAAUUUUCCUUCUUCCUUUCUUCUCAAGCCUGGUCUUCAAAAGGUUGGUAACUUUGGAACUAAGUUUCUCAGGGAGCGAAUAGAGUCACAAAUGAAGAUGAGAGGAAUUGCAGGAGGAUGUUUUGAUGUGCUCAGUUUGCAGAAUUUUGAUGCUAGAUAUCAGUUAUUUGUUAGAAAUAGAUGCUGAUGAGGUUAGAGAAAUCAUUACCCUAUCUCAGCAUAAAACAGAAAUGUUACCCACUCACAGCAUCUUUCAUUCUUUUAGUGACGAUGAACACUAAUCAUAAUAGUAGUAAAGAAAGUGAUUGUGUGUGAAUGGUCUGGUUAAAUUUCCCCCUAAUGAUAAUAGAAUCAUUCACUUGGGUGUAGGAAAGAAAUUUAGUUGUGCAGUAGGCUUAACCAGCAAAACACGAGAGGCCAAGGACCUGCAUGAAAUUGGGCAGAGCCUAAAAUAAAUCAGGGAACGAGAAAAUAAUACUUUUAUUUCAAAGAAUGGCUUAUUGCACUACUCCUAUACUCUUAGCUACUUAAGCUCACUGCCAUCUGAUGCAUUUUUCUUUAAAUAUUUCUAAAUAUAGGAUUGCCAGCUGGAAGUUUUAUGAAGUGGUCAGAAUUUGCCACUCACACAGUAGAUAAAGCUCCAGAUAUUCAGGAAUGCAUAAUCAAUUUGAAAUGAAAUAUAUUCUUAAUUAUUCCGUAUGAACAAAGAUAUGUGAUAUAGAAAUGGCUGAGACUGAGAAUGAUUCUAACUGGCAUGUUUCUUGUGUGUGUGGUGUAUCCUUUUUUCUUCAGAUGUUGUGUUUGCUUUUUUAUUUUUAAUAUAUAAGCUUUGUCCCCACAGAUGCUGUAUAUGGUUAUUUUCCUCUUAGAUUAUCGUAGAGUUUCUUUCCCAGGGUGAAAGUGAGCAACAGUAAGUUUAUUCAGUGCUCCUUUGAAAUAAAUAGAACCUGCUGGAGUGAUGCUGAAUCAAAGACUACCUCAGCAAAUAAAUAUAGGGAAAGGAGCUGCUUAUGGAGGAAGCUUAGAAGGGCAUGUUUGAGAUUUUACACACUUAAGAGAUGCUGCUUUUUACUUCCCCUUCAUUGGGUUGCCAUCUUAUUUGAAAAGAAGAAAGCGAGCUUGACUUGUAUAGGCUGGCUUUAAAAUGAAGAUGAGUCCAGAGUCCAAAGCUCAGGGUAUUGUUGAGUGAUUUCAGGUCACUUUUUUUUAAAUCCCUUUUUCAGUUCCAUUUAAUUUUUUUUUUUAACACAACUGUUCUUUUCCACUUCUUUCACUCAAUCUUAAAAAGGAUUUCCUUUGCUUUUCUUUUGCUUAUUAUUUGAUGUUUCAGACUCUAAAUAGACUAGAACCUUUAAGUUCCUAAGAAAAGUACAAGGAAACAGUCCUUGUUUGUGCAAAGCACUUUAUGAAUAAUGCAAUGUAAUGUGCACAUUAUGUAGCUGCUUUAUUAAUGAUCUUUUAAGGUUGUGAUUCUGCUGCCUUAUUAGUUUGCUUUUCUUAUGGUGGCUGCAGUGCCUUCAUCUUAUUUUUGGUCAUGCUAGGUGAAUAAAAGUUAAAACCUUUUGAAAAACUGGGAACAGCUGAAAAGGAUUCAGUUUUAGGCUUGAUGUUCUGAUUCAUUGAUUCUUCAGAUUCCUGAACAUUUACUGAAUAUUAAAAUAAUAUUUAUCAGGAGAUUAAUGUAAUGAGGUCUUAUAAAAAAAAGAGAGAGAGAGAAAAAGCCCAAAGUGAUCGUCUGUACUGCAUCCCCUUCUAUAAAGGGCCUAGGUGUGGAACUGGUAAGCAAAUUAGCUGUCAAAUACUGUAUCGGGAAUCUGUCAGCAAAUGUGUGACUUAGAACACAGAAACUCAUAGCAGUGAUAUUUUUUACAUUUACGUUGAGAUUUUGGAAGAAAAUCAUAGUGCCAUGUAACUUUGAAAAUAAUACAACAGCCUCAGUAGUGUGCUCUUCGAAAACCCUGGAAAUAUUCCCCCAGCUCGAUCUGGGCACCCACAAAAACUAGUGUUGUAGAUCCCAUUGCAGAUCUUGUUCUGUUUCCAUUUGUGUAUUUUCAUCUCAGUGCUUGAUGCUGACAGGAUAUGCUACAAUGAAUAGGAAGAAUAAAAGACAACAUCUCUCAUUUGGAAUAUGUUGAUAUGCUCAAUAAAUUCAUCGAUGUGUUCAUUCAGAUGAUCCCCUACCCUUGUGAAGAAGAAGUAGUUUCGAAUAUCCCAGGCCUAGGACUCACAUGAAUAAAGUGAAGAUUUCAGUUUUAUGUGAAGGUCUGUAUCCCACAGGGCAGAUAGUACACACUUUUGCCCUAACUAUUGAAAAGAUGUGGAAAGGUCAUAUUCAUUGAAAAUGGUGUAAGAAUGGCACCAGGGAAGGCCUGAUCUGUUUGGGUGCUGCAUUUUGAUACUCUUACCCUUAAGUCUGUUGUAUGAAGGGAAAGGAAGAAGCAUUUUUUUAAGUGCCUACUACGUGACAGGCACUGUGCUAAUAAGCUCUGUAGAGACAGUAUAAAAUAAAUGAUGUGGCAUUACUUUAUUAACAUGGAUUUGAUUUCAGGAAGAUGGCUUGCUGGAAGCAUAUAUUCUAUGUGCACUUCAAUUAGUCUCUAAACUGUCAUGUGCAGAAAAAAAAAUUUUAAACAUAUCUUUGUCAGAUAUUUCGCUAGCUUUUUAUCUAGGCAAACCCACUGAGCCACGAGAGCAGAUUUUGCAAACAUUUUGGAAAACAUCCUUAUUUUUCCAAGUUGCCAUUUUAGCAGCUAGCAAAUCAGCACCUUGAGAAUGACAAAUGGGCAUAAAUGUAUAGCAGUGGAAGACUUUUUUUUUUUUUAACUAACUAGAGAUGCUAAAGGGACAAAAGCAAACUAGCCAAUGACAAACAAUGUGCUCCUUGAUGUUGAAUGAAAACUUCUAUUCGAGGCCCUAAGAGGACACUGUGCGUGUGAGGCUCAAGUAGUUACCUUUACAAUUUGCCAAAUGAUCUCACUGUGCCUUUGUGAUGCAAUAAAAGCUAAAAUAUAGCAGAAAUAGUCUUUCAUGAGAGCAGUAACUUUGGUUUUAAUUGCUGUUCCUUAUUAUUUGGAUAAAACAGCAUAGACAUCAUCCCCCCUGCUCCCUCAAAAAAAAAAAAAAA